AGAGAAAGGAAGGAAAGAGCAGGGAGGGGAGAAGGAGGAGAGGAAAAGGAGGAGGACAUUUAGGCAGAAGACAGCUUCAGCAUCUGAAACCGAACGAACACGCUCUGUCCACAGAAGGGGACGAGGAGCCGCAGGACGGCGGCAGAGCGUGACAUGCAUCCUCCUCUAUAAAGCGGGAGCUGGGCUGCCACUGGAUUACACUACAGCCGUGGAAGCUUCUUCCAGUUGUAAAUCCAUCCAUGCAUCUCGCAGACGGCGCGGAAGGAGACGGUGCGCUUCCUACCAAGUGUGCCUACCCCUGCUGAGCGAAGCCCCAACCACAUUUCAGUCAUCUCCAAGCGGCCUACAGCAGGACCAUGCUGUCCAGCACAGGCCGUGCGCCAGACCAGUCCAGGAGGCUGAUUCCUGGGUUCCGCCUCAGGACCUCCUCCCUGUCUCCCCUACUGCAUCUCAUCAUCCUGCUAAUUAAUGUGAACAAUCUUUCUGCAGCCUCAGCUCCUCCCAAGUUCACCAAGAUUCCUACAGACCACAUUGGUGUAUCAGGAGGCGUGGCGUCGUUCGUGUGCCAAGCCACUGGGAAUCCUAAACCGGUCGUCUACUGGAACAAGAAGGGCAAGAAAGUCAACUCUCAGCGUAUCGAGGUGACCAUUGAGUUUGACGAAGGCACAGGCGCCGUGCUGAGGAUCCAACCUCUCAGAGCACCUCGAGACGAGAACAUCUACGAGUGUGUGGCACGCAACAGCGAAGGAGAGCUGUCAGUCACUGCAAAGCUGGCCAUUAUCAGAGAGGACCUGUUGCCAUUUGGCUUCCCCAGUAUCGAUAUGGGCCCCCAGCUGAAGGUGGUGGAGCGCACAAGGACGGCCACCAUGCUGUGUGCCGCCAGUGGAAUCCCCGACCCAGAGAUCUCCUGGUUCAAGGACUUCCUGCCUGUUGAACCCAGCAGCAGCCAAGGCCGCAUCAAACAGCUCCGAUCAGGAGCUCUUCAGAUCGAGAACAGCGAGGAAACCGACCAAGGGAAGUAUGAAUGCGUGGCCACUAAUUCUCAAGGUGUGCGCUACUCCUCGCCAGCCAACCUCUACGUGCGAGGAGCUACAGACACAUUGCGCCGGGUCGCCCCUCGUUUCUCCAUCCUCCCCUCCAACCACGAAAUAAUGCCGGGAGGGAGCGUCAACAUCACCUGCGUGGCGGUGGGCUCCCCCAUGCCCUACGUCAAAUGGAUGGUGGGCAGCGAGGACCUGACCCCCGAGGACGAGAUGCCGAUAGGUCGCAACGUGCUGGAGCUCAACGGCGUGCGGGAGUCGGCCAACUACACGUGCGUGGCCAUGAGUAGCCUGGGGAUCAUCGAGGCCACAGCUCAGGUCUUGGUCAAGACUUUGCCAAAGCCUCCUGGCACUCCCAUUGUCACAGAGACCACAGCCACCAGUGUGACCAUCACAUGGGACUCUGGUAACCCCGACCCAGUCUCCUACUACAUCAUCCAGUACCGAGCCAAAGGUCCAGACAGCAAAUAUGAGACAGUGGACAGCAUCACUACAACUCGCUACAGCAUCGGUGGGCUGUACCCCAACACUGAGUACGAGAUCCGAGUGUCGGCCUUCAACAGCAUUGGCCAGGGCCCCCCCUCCGUGCGUGUGGAGGCCCGGACGGGAGAGCAGGCCCCGGCCAGCCCACCGCGAAACGUCCAAGCCCACAUUAUUUCACAGAACACAGUGAUGGUCCGCUGGGAGGAACCUGAGGAGCCAAAUGGGCAGGUGAAGGGCUAUCGCGUGUACUACACCAUGGACCCGUCCCGGCCGAUGAAUGAGUGGAAGAUCCAUAAUGUCCAGGACAGUGUGAUCACCACAAUACAGAGCUUGGUGACAUCUGAGACAUACACCCUCCAAGUCCUGGCCUUCACCUCAGUCGGGGACGGGCCCUUCUCUGACCCGGUCCAUGUUAAAGUCAUGCCAGGAGUUCCAGGACAACCAGGGAAGUUUAAAAUCGGGAGAGUGACAGACACCAGCAUUGAGCUGACUUGGGAGCCUGCAUACACUAAGGAAGGCAUCAUCAACUAUGAGCUCCUUUACAAACCUGUCAAGUUUGGCAGUUUGGAGAAGUUGACCUUUGGCCCACGGAACUCCUACACGGUGGAGGGUCUGAAAGCCAACACAGACUACUCCUUCUCCCUGGCUGCCAUAUCAAACAAAGGCAUCGGUGCUUUCACCAACGAACUGGUGCAGAGGACAUCACAAGCCAAGCCCUCAGCAGCACCUGAGGGUGUGUCCUGCGAGAGAGCCAGCUCCACCUCGUUGAGAGUUAGUUGGAGGCCACCUCCACUGGAGGGUCAGAAUGGCGAGUUGGCAGGUUAUGAGCUGAGGUACCGCAGAGUUUCUGGGGCAGAAGGCAAAGGUCAGGGCCAGGAGGUGUCCGGGCUUCCUAUCCCGGCCCGAAAGGCGGACACAUUGGUAGAGGGCCUGGAGAAAUGGAGCUGGUACAACAUCACCAUGGCAGCCGCCACUUCUGAGGGAACUGGACCCAACAGUUUGCCUGUACUCUGCAGAACAGAUGAGGAUGUUCCGAGCGCAGCCCCACGUCACAUAGACAUCAACCCUUUCAAUUCGUCUGCACUUCGGGUCACUUGGCGGUCUGUCUUGCCAAGGUUACGUCAAGGUCAGAUCCGUGGCUACCAGGUGCACUACAGCCGUGUUGGCGGCAGUGAAUCUCGAAACCUUCCUUGGAUAAAAGACCUCCUACUGGAUGAGUCUCAGAUGGAGGAGUAUGAUUCCACUCAGUAUGAAAUGAUUUUGGGAGGCCUAAAAGCAGAAACUUUAUAUGCUGUGUCAGUGGCAGCUUACACCACCAAAGGUGAUGGCGCACAUAGCAAAGCCAAGCUGGUGAGGACCUCAGGGAUAGUACCUGCCCCCCCCUGCCUGUGGGUGCAUUCGGGAUUAGGUCCAUCAGUGGUGCUUCGAUGGGCUCCUCCGCUGGAAUGCGCAGCGUCAGGCUCUGAUGGCCAGAGACUCCCUCUGGAAAUUCAAGGCUACCGCCUCCAAUUUGGCCUGAAGAAUGCCUCCCUGGAGACCACAAUAGAUUUCACAAAAGAGAGAAACUUCACCGUCAUAAACCUCUCCCCAGGCUCCUCCUACGUCUUUGAGCUCUCUGCAAAGAGCCGAGCAGGUUACGGAGAUGUAAUACAGCAGGAAAUAACCGUUCCUGUCAUCCCACCCUCAGGAUACCCUAAAAUAUCUGACUUUGUUAACGCCACUUGCUGCUCCCUGCAGUUCUCCUGGCUUCCUCCUGACCAAGCGGAGAGCAAUGGCGUCAUCACAGAGUACAACAUAGCUUACAAAGAAGCCUCAGGGUCCAAACCCUCAAGUGUUCCUGGCCACUUUUCAUUACCGGCCCUCGUGGUCACGCUGCCAGCGAGCCAGUCUAGCUACACAAUCCUGGGCCUCAAUCACAGCACAGCCUACGAGGUGCAGCUCAGAGCCCACAACAAGGCAGGCCCCGGUCCCUUCAGCCCCGCUAUGGUGUGCCGAACCUUGGCCUUUGAAACAGACGUGCCAAGAAAUUUUUCAGUCAAUCUGGCCACGAGGACUAGUGUUCUUCUGACGUGGGAGUUCCCAGAAAGCAGCAACCCGUAUCGCUUUAGUGUGGAGUACAAUCGCCAAAAGAUGGAGGUGGAUGCUCGCCUAAAGAAGGCGGUCAUCCCAAACCUUCAGCCCGACACCAGCUACGACUUCAAGAUCACAGCUCCCGAAGGCAACAUGGGAGGCCUUCGCCACCGUAUCACCGCCAAAACAUCCCCGCCAAUCACCAUCCGCCGCCCGGAGAUUGACCACACCCGGGACACAGAGACUACAGUCACAAUAAUUCUGCCAUCACUGGAGUCUCGAACGCCUGUCAAGAAUGUUUAUGUUGUUGUGGUUCCACUGCGGAGGGCCCGUGGCGUCAUCAGACACCUCAAGAGCCCGGACGAAAUGGACCUCGAGGAGCUGUUAAAAGACAUCAGUCAAAAGCAGAGGGACUCUCGCCAGCAGAAGCAGGUGGACCUGCGCCGCGCUUACAUCACGGCCCGCUUCACACCUGCCACCCUACCAGCCUUCUUCACCCUAGGGGACCAGCUGGACUAUGGAGGCUUUGAGAACCGCGCAUUAGAGCCUGGGCAGGAAUAUGUCUUCUUCAUCCUGGCUGAACUCAACUCUACAACGGGGAAGAUGUACGUGGCCAGCCCUUACACUGAUCCGGUGAUCGCCCCAGAUUCAGAUCCCCAGCCCCUGGAUGCAGGUGACGGUCUUAUCUGGGUGGUGGGACCGGUACUAGCGGUGGUUUUCAUCAUCUGCAUCGUCAUCGCUAUUUUACUCUACAAGAACAAACCUGACAGCAAGCGCAAGGAGUCUGAGCCAGGAACCAAGAGUCUUCUGAGUAAUGCCGAGAUGAUGGCCCAUCACCCCACAGACCCGGUGGAGAUGAGACGAAUUAACUUCCAAACUCCAGGAAUGAUGAGCCAUCCGCCCAUUCCCAUCAGCGAGCUGGCUGAGCAUAUUGAGCUGAUGAAAGCGAACGACAAUCUCCGACUUUCCCAGGAAUAUGAGUCCAUUGACCCCGGGCAGCAAUUCACUUGGGAGCAUUCCAACCUGGAGGUCAACAAGCCCAAAAACCGCUAUGCUAACGUGAUCGCGUACGACCACACCAGAGUCAUCCUGGCACCCAUAGAAGGUGUCCUGGGAAGUGACUACAUCAACGCCAAUUACAUCGACGGCUACAGAAAGCAGAAUGCCUACAUCGCCACCCAGGGGCCGCUGGCUGAGACAUUCGGUGACUUCUGGAGGAUGGUGUGGGAGCAGCGGGCGGCCUCCGUUGUCAUGAUGACACGCUUGGAAGAGAAAUCACGGAUAAAGUGUGACCAGUACUGGCCUAGUCGGGGCACAGACACAUUCGGAACAAUCCAGGUAACCCUGCUGGACACCAUGGAACUGGCCACAUUCUGCGUCCGCACCGUCUCCCUCCAUAAGAGCGGCAGCAGCGAACGACGAGAGGUGCGUCAGUUCCAGUUCACUGCCUGGCCAGAUCACGGCGUUCCAGAAUACCCGACCCCUUUCCUCAACUUCCUCCGUCGGGUCAAGGCCUGCAACCCUCCGGACGCCGGGCCCAUCAUCGCCCACUGCAGCGCCGGCGUCGGCCGCACCGGCUGCUUCAUCGUCAUCGACGCCAUGCUGGAGCGCAUCCGACACGAGCGCACCGCUGACAUCUACGGCCAUGUCACCUUGAUGCGCUCGCAGAGGAACUACAUGGUGCAAACCGAGGACCAGUACAGCUUCAUCCAUGAGGCGCUGCAGGAGGCUGUGGCCUGCGGGAACACGGAGGUGGCGGCCAGGAGCCUCUACUCGUACAUGCAGAAGCUGGCCAAGGUGGAGAGUGGCGAGCACGUCACGGGCAUGGAGCUGGAGUUUAAGCGACUGGCCAACACCAAAGCGCACACGUCUCGCUUCGUCACAGCCAACCUGCCCUGCAACAAAUUCAAGAACCGGCUCGUCAACAUCAUGCCCUACGAGACCACCCGCGUGUGUCUCCAGCCAAUCAGAGGCCUGGAGGGGUCAGACUACAUCAACGCCAGCUACAUCGACGGUUAUAGGCAGCAGAAAGGCUACAUCGCCACCCAGGGUCCACUUGCAGAGACCACGGAGGACUUCUGGAGGAUGCUGUGGGAGCACAACUCAACUAUCGUGGUCAUGCUCACUAAACUGAGAGAAAUGGGACGCGAGAAGUGUCACCAGUACUGGCCUGCUGAGCGCUCCGCCAGGUACCAGUACUUUGUGGUGGACCCCAUGGCCGAAUACAACAUGCCCCAGUACAUCCUGCGGGAGUUCAAAGUAACAGAUGCCAGGGACGGCCAAUCACGAACAGUCCGUCAGUUCCAGUUCACCGACUGGCCCGAGCAAGGUGUGCCCAAAUCCGGUGAGGGCUUCAUCGAUUUCAUUGGCCAAGUGCACAAAACUAAAGAGCAGUUUGGCCAGGAUGGACCAAUCAGUGUUCACUGCAGUGCUGGCGUAGGUCGGACAGGGGUCUUCAUCACUCUGAGCAUUGUGCUGGAGAGGAUGCGCUAUGAAGGGGCAGUGGACAUCUUCCAGACUGUCAAAAUGCUGCGGACACAGAGACCAGCCAUGGUGCAGACUGAGGAUGAGUACCAGUUCUGCUACCAGGCUGCUCUGGAAUACUUGGGUAGCUUUGACCACUAUGCAACAUAAGCGAAGACACAACCUGAAAAAAGGAGCAAAAGACAAAGAGGGAAGAUCUACACCAACAAGGUCAAAUAAAACAACAGCAACGAAUCUGUCUAACAACAGUCGCGCUCUUUCCGCUGAAGAGCUGCACUAGACUCUCCAUGUGUAAUCCAUAUACUGUACUUACCUCAGUGUUCCAAGUGUGAAGGACGUAUAAUAAUACAUAUGUGUUGUGUCAGCUAUCUCCAAUACCAGUGAAAUACAGGAAAAUGAAUUCAUGAUUCUCUCUGUGUAUAAAUACUAAAAGAAAGACACACAAAGAGCCUGGAUAUUUGCUGCACCCUUAAUGGGCUUUUUAUCCUCAACUUUGUAUCUAUUGGUUUGGUGUACUCAUGGGUUACAAGAGUGCAAAGGUCAACGUUUCUAUGUAUACGUGAGUCUCUUUCUAAGGUGUAUACUGAUCAUAAUGAAAGCAGGUGGUUCGCUUCUGGACUCAACCACCCCCGAGGACCGCUUAUAGAGACAGAGCGGACGUUCCUAAUACCUGACGCACAGUGCCAACACGAGCCAAUCAACUGUGGCCCACAAACAGGAAUUGUGAUGUCAGGCCAAGAAAGAGACUAAAUAUUCCGGACUGGGCUGGCCGCCGUUGUCCUGCGCCUUUGACAAAGCUUGCUUGCUAUUUGCUUGUAAUGGUUCCUCAUCCUCCUCAUCCUGCUCCCCUUCUUCAUGCCAGGCCCAUUUUGUCAGCUCCGAUGGUGGCUUGUUGACAGGGAUGCUGUUGAAAGACUUUUUCCUAUUUUGUCUCAUGUUUUGUUUGUGUGUGUGUGUGUGUUUUGUUUUCAUUAUCAUUGCCUUACGCUGAUUUGUGUUUAACAUGCUGCUUUGCUCACAUGCUUCACUUCUAUUACCGUACAAUGAUCUUAAAGUGAGGUUGAAAGCCCUUCUGAAGCGAGCCUACUUGAAGUGCACUGCAUUGCAAUUAAAUCUCACAGGGUGUCAUAAAAGGGAAAAAAGAUUUGGGGGUUCAAAUACAGUGGUGCCUCGAGAUACUGGUCACCCGACUAGAGUUUUUGGAGAUAGGAGGCGUUGUUCAGGCGAUUGUUUGCUUUGCCUUAUGAGCAAAAAUUGAUUACACGAGAACUGUAUAGGCAGCAAACUCAACUCAACUUGCUUUCCAACAAGCAGCAGUUCAGCAAAUAGUGAACAGUUCUGCAAAUAUGGGACUUUUAAGUUGUUUAAUGGCCCUCCCAGUUGAACUGUCCAACUAAACAUAGAGAGAAUUGCACAUAGUGUGUUUAAAACUACACAACUUUGCCUUCCGCUAGCUUAAUGCUAACACACAAUGCCAAACUUCAUAGAUGGGCUAACGAUUAGCAUCAAUAGUCGCGGUGUUAUAACACGAUAGCAAGAUAUUUGAACACAAACAAUGCAUCAUCACAUGUAGACAGAAAAUAUAAUACCCACAGUCAUAUAUACUUUAACCUCUGCGAAAAACGAGUAAUAUAGCAGUUUACUGAGUCACGGUAUUUGUGAAAGUCCUCUUCAUUUGUCUUCAUGAAUGUAUUAUACUGCCCCCUGGGGCAUAUACCUGAAGGAUUCACAAUUAAUUCAUCAUGAUGCAAAAAUGUUGUCAUUAUUUACAUUUAGUUUAAUUAUCCAUCCAUCCAUUCUGCGUACCGCUUACACUCACUAGGGCUGCAGGCGUGCUGGCGCCUAUCCCAGCUGACUCUGGGCGAGUGGCGCGGUACACACUGAACUGGUCGCCAGCCAAUCGCAGGGCACAUAGAGACAAGCAACCAUUCGCACUCACAUUCAUACCUACGGGCAAUUUAGAGUGUUCAUUUAACCUUCCAUGCAUAUUUUGGGAAUGUGGGAGGAAACCGGAGUACCCGGAGAAAACCCACGCAGGCACGGGGAGAAUGUGCAAACUCUGCACAGGUGAGGCCGGAUUUGAACCCGACCCCUCAGAACUGUGAGGCAGAUGUGUUAGCCAGUCAACCCACCACGCCGUUCUUUUUAAUGAUGUUAUACUAUAUAUUUUAUGCAGUACAAUAUUAUAGAGUACUAUUUUUCCUUAUUUAAAACAUUACAAAUGUUUUGGGUGGAGGCAGGAACGGAUUAAUGGCAUUUGCAUUCAUUUCAAUGGGGAAAUGAACUAAACUUGGAUCUCAUGGCACCAUUGUAUUCAAAUUCUCCCUUGCACUCAGUUGACCCAGCUCCCAUUAAAGUUCCAUGUACAGUACAUCCCGAACCCACCAAACCGACUGAUGUUUUUCCUCCGUGCUUAAUAUUAAUUUGGCAGAUAAUCAUAAUGAAUUGAUCCCACGUGGUGACUGAACAGCACAGCAAUGUCAGUGCAGAAAAUUGAUGAGAUUUAGCCCAAUUUUGUACAUAACGCUCCAACGACACGGCUGAGCACAAGAUAUAAUGGCGGGAUUGGAUGUGAUGUAGUUUUUACUGUCGCAAAAACAAGCCUUAUCGUGUCAUAUUUAUUUUAUGUGAUUUUUUUGGGGGGGGAAAAAAAAGAUAUUUAUGAAUCUAUUUUGUUACGCUUUUUUUUUUUAUUUAUCAAUUUGGAGUAUCGAGCUAGCAGUAACUAUAACCAAUCAAUAUGUGUUUAUCUUUCAUUUUGGUGGUGUUUUAUGCUUUUUUUUUUUGUAUAACUUUUUUUCUCUGUGACAAAGUAUGCCCUCUGUGUAGGGUGCUCUUUGAUACUGAUCACUGAUGUCCAACUGUUAGUUAGAGAUAUAUUUUAGGGGAAGACCGAGUUUAACUUUACAGUGAUGACCUUUUGUUUCCCUGCCCUCCUAUUUGACCGCCAUAGCAACAACAUGGGUAAUCAUAGCAACGAGGUCAAAGGGCAUCAGAGACGCUCAGAUGUAGUUUGCUAAAGCACACGGUAGCAGGUGUAUUUUUGACAGAUGGCUCCGCUGCACACUUUCCUCGCCCUUAAUUUAAAAAAAAGACAAAAAAAUACUCCGAUAUGAAGUCGAUGUGAGGUCUAGAAGUCUUGACAGUGUGUGACAUAUAUGGAAAUAUGUAAUUCCGUCGCUUUCUAACCAAUUGUUGUGACAAGAGAAGUGGUGAGGAUGCACACACGAGGCUUAACGAGAAGAUUGUGUCGAGGGCCAUUCUCCUUCACUUCUGUACCUGUUCUUUCCUUUCCGAACAUAGAUGUAGAUAUAAUAUCUUGACUUUGUAUUAAAAGCAGAUGAUUGGAUA